ACAACUGCCAUCUCUUCUCACAACCGAGAUCGCACCUCGAUCUCGUCCUUUCAAAGCGCACACACGACCUAUACGGCGGACAUCAACCUCCCCAAGUGACAGCUCGCACUCCGAAGCAACGCGCAGAGACACCCCGCCCAACAUGUCCAAACCAAAGCCGAGAGCCUCUGAGCCUCCACGCCCUAGCGUCCCAGCUGGCAAGUCCGGCACUCAGAGCAGGAAUGUGAGCCAGCCGGGCGCCUCGACCUCGUCGGCAAAGUUCUACAACGGCCCCACCGAGCUCAAGCAGCGUAACACUGGCUCGGGUGCAAGCACCAUCAAGACGGUGCCGCCGCAGGCUGCGGCCAAGGUAAGCUCGGGCUUCGGCAUGCCGCCGCUGGCCGCGAUCCGUAUUGCUGACUUGGGGCAUCAGUCACCAUCAGCGUCGCAGAAGCCGGCUGCGGUGGCCAAGAUUUCCAAGAAGUCGCGGAAGCGCACGAGCUUUGGAUUGUUUUCGCUCAUCUCCCUGGCGCCGAUCCUCGUGUUUGCGUCCCUCUUCUCGACGAUCCUCUGCCCCCCGCCCCAGGCUCCGGCGUCGACAUUCUCCCGCAUCGCACUCUCCGCCAUCGGGAGACAGCACGACAACCACUCGCCGCUGCACAAGGCGCUGUGCUACCCCGCGAAUGUUUACCACAAGGAGGUGCUCGAGCCCUACGUGUACCCUGUCAUUGCCGAUGUCCAGGCCAAGAUCACCGCCCACCCCGUGUACAAGGAGCACGUCGAGCCCAAGUACAACUUUGCCAAGGCGACCGGUACCCGUAUCUGGGAGGGCCCCGUCAAGCCCAUUGUCGACCGCACCUGCCGUGGCGCGCGCAAGUUUUACCUCACCUACGUCGCGCCGCACGAGCCCUACAUCCACGCCAAGUACACCGAGUACACUGCCCCGAUUGUGAACCGCGUCUCGGCCGCCCACAAGACGUAUGUCGAGCCCCACGUCAACACGGCCGGCGAGUACGCCUACGCCGGCGCCAAGACGGGCCACGAGUACUACCGCUUCGCUGCCGACCACCCGAUCACCCACCAGGCCGGCAAGCACGCCCAGACCGCCUUCAGCCUCGGACGCAAGCACGGAUACAACGCCUAUGUUUACGCCAAGCCUCAUGCCCUCACUGCCUGGGACAAGAUUGUUCUGUUCACGAAGCAGGUGAUCAUUCCCAAGAGUAUUGAGGUGGCAGAGCUUAUCGGUUUGCAGAUUGAGCGUAUUGUUGCCGUCGUCAAGCGCCAAGCCUCCGACUUCUACAAGCAGCACCUCGCCGAGCACCUCGACCCGUAUGUUGCCAAGAUCAACGAGACCCUCGCCCCCGUCAUUGCCAUCUACAAGGACAAGGUCUACACCCCUUACAUUGCCCCUGCCAUCGCCGCCAUCUUCCCCGAGACCCCUGAGGCGCCCAAGAGCUUCUGGGCCCACAUUGCCGACAAGCUUCCUUCCCUUUCCACGUCGCACGUCGACACCCGUGGCUCGGGCUUCUACGCCGAUGACGUCAAGGAGAAGGCCAAGGUCGUCGAGGAGAAGGUCAAGGAGGUCAAGAAGGAGCAGCCCAAGGCCGAGAAGGUGGCACAGAAGGUUGCCGACAAGGCGGCUGCGAAGGCCGAGGAGCCCAAGAAGGUUGUUCAGAAGGUUGCCGAGAAGGUCGCCGAGGCCGCUGCCGUCAAGGAGGCUGUCAAGGUUGUCGAGGACAAGGCCGACCGCAUCAAGAAGGCCGACGUUGAGCGCGAGGAGAGCAAGGCUGAGCCCGAGGCCGAGCCGUCCGAGGCCAAGUCGACCAGGGCUGCCGAGGACAAGAAGGAGAAGGUCGUCAACACCACCAAGGAGGCUCCCAAGGUCGAGAAGGAGACGGCUGUCGAGACUGUCGCCCAGGAGCCUACCGAAAUCCAGACUGCCACUGGUUCUGCUACCACCGCUUCGGCUUCCGCCUCGGCUGCUGCCGCUGCUGACGCCAAGGCUGAGGUCAGCCCCCGCGAUGCUAUCCUCGAGGAGCUCAACACCUUGAAGAAGAGGAUCAACCGCGUUGGCAAGGACGCUUCUCUGACCCUUGAGGACAUGUUCACCAGGACCAUCACUGACCUGAUCGCCGAGGUUCCCAAGGCCGAAACGGCCGGCCUCCAGAGCAUGGACCGCGAAAUCAAGCGCAUGCUCGACGGCCUCGACCGCCUGUACACUCGCUCGACCACCCUCACCAAGGCCCAGGUUGCCGAGUCGAUCAAGAUGUCCGACAACAAGGUCAAGGGGGUGUAUGACAAGGCUGUUCGCGAUGUCCAGACCCGUAGGGAUUACCAACCCAAGUUUAACGUGUUCGUCGACUUUGCCCACUACGAGCAGGGCAAGGCGUACGACGACCCGACUCACGAUGCUCUUGGUGCCAGGAUGUCGGGCACUCCUGGCAUCACCACCCAGGACUGGCAGCUGUGGAAGUCUCUCAAGAAGGAUUCGGACGCCUUCACCGCCAGGUGGAACGAGGCCACGGCCAAGCCUCCUUACGCUAAGGUCAAGAAGCUCAUUAACCAGCUCCAGACCGACAUCAACGAGGCUGUUGCUCAGCUCAAGGGCACAUACGAGUCGUGGCAGGAGCAGCAGGACACUCUGCGCCGUACUGCCCUCACCAAGAUUGAGGCCCGCGAGCACGUUGCCAAGGAGGCUGCCGAGUCCAAGGCUGCCCAGGCCAAGCUCCCCCGGAAGGAUGCCAACGGCGACCGUGUCUCGAUCCAGCCCGUCCCCUCGCAGGACUCAGCUGCCGGUGCCGGCUCUGGCCCCGUGAUUGGCAAGAGCAAGGAGCAGGUCGAGGACGCGCUCAAGGCUGCCAACGCUGCCAAGAAGGACGAGUUGUGAAAAGUGUUAUUUAUUUUUACAUGGUAUCUUUUCUUCUCCAGCUCUGCGUAGUGGUAGCUGUGGAUACCACGGGUGUAGCCUUUGAUGAGAUUAGCCUUUAUAGACGGCGAGGAGACGAUGUAUCGAUGCAUACGG